AUGAAGUUCAGUUUCGGAAUUUUGUUAUCAGCAAUUGCUGUGAUCAACGCUGCAGUUAUUGACAUUGACAAUUCAAAUGCCGAAGAUAUUUUGAAGACAUUUGUAACUUCACCAACUCCACUCUUCAAUUCUGCACAAGAUUAUCACGAACAAGCUAAAGAAUUACAAGACGACAUCAACAAACAUCUCGCAGACAUACGAAGCACUUUGUCUUCAGUUUUGGCUGAGAAAUCAAGAGAAGCUCUUGAUGAUAUCCAACUAAAUUCCAAUGAUAUAUUAGAAUUGGAGAACUCAACACGUACCGCAUUAUUUGAACUUGAUAGAAGUCUUUGUGUGGACAAUUUAAGAGUAUUACUCAAUAAAAUUUCGGAAUUUACUGGAUUUGGAUCCAGCAAUUGUGUAACAGCUUACGACAUAAAUAUUCAAAAGGGACUUGGUUCAGCUUAUGAAAAGAUUCGAUCAUACGAUGGAAGUUUCGGAGAUGUUCAACAAAUCGUUGUCCGUUCUUUUAUUGGCGCAAAUGCUUUUCUGGAACCUGAAGAAAUUGAAGCACGCUUUGUUGGGGAACUUACCAGACAACGAGACGAAUGGAAUGCUGCAAGGCCAGAAAUUGGAGACUUCAUAAAUUCAUUUAAUGUCGAAAUGGAGGCUCACAGACUUGUCCUUGGAACAUGCUUCAAAACCAUUCAAGAUAACGUCGCCCCAGGAUAUGAUUCUCUUCAAUCUGAAAUCGCAACUUGCUUGGAAUUCGACAAUACUGACGAUCCAUUUGCAGCCUUCAGAUAA